CUUAUUUUAGUUUAUAAGCUACAGAUCGCUGAACGCCUUGUUCCCACUUUUUUUUUCCAAACUUAUACCCCCCCACUCUUCUUUCUCUCCGCUAUUCACUUCUUCUCUCUACCACAAUGCAGUCUACCAUCCACGUUGCAACGGACCAAGAGGUAGACGCCCAUGCACCCGCGAGCACGUAUUACACUACCGGCAGCAACUCUGGUGCUUCAAUCAGCCGCCUCAAAACAUUCCAAGACAGACAUGCUGCAGAUGCUUACCGCAAACGACGAGCUUCUCAUGACGACAAGAGCAAAGCACAGAAAUUUCUGCUUGACGUCAAAGAAACCUUGCGAGUACUGGUUCAACAAGAGGACACGGACGGCGAUUUCCAGAUUACCGUCAAUGACCUAGGCCCCAAAACGUUUACCGUUGGCACUGCAGACUCGGGUGGCUACCGUACCAUCGAUAUUCGAGGCACGUACAUGCUAUCCAACCUGUUGCAAGAGUUGGCCAUCGCCAAAGACUUUGGACGCAAGCAUAUCGUGCUCGACGAAGCCAGACUGAACGAAAACCCCGUGGACAGACUAUCACGUAUGAUCCGCAAUCAUUUCUGGGAUGGCCUGACACGCCGCAUGGAUGCCGAAGCUAUGGAGAUUAUCUGCAACGACCCUAAAAACCGCAGCAGCAACACCAACCCACGUAUCUACAUCCCGCAUGACGACGACGACGCUUUCAACUAUUACCAGGAAGUCGCUGACCAACGAAAACAUCUUAAACUGGAAGUUGUACGACUGCCUGCCCAGCUCACGCCAGAAUUUGUCCAAAGCAUCAACGAACGAGCGGGCAUUUUGGCCCUCGCCAUGAAACGCACCGAACAAGGUCUCAAGAGCGUACCUUUUGUGGUGCCGGGCGGCCGAUUCAACGAAAUGUACGGCUGGGACUCUUACUUUAUCGCUCUGGGCUUGCUCGCCGACGACAGAGUCGACCUAGCGCAGAGCAUGGUCGACAACUUUGUGUAUCAAAUCAAGCAUUAUGGCAAGAUCCUGAAUGCCAACCGAUCCUAUUAUUUGUCACGUUCCCAGCCGCCAUUCUUGACCGACAUGGCGUUGAGCGUGUACGACAAGCUACCACAAACAGAGGAAAACAAAGCAUGGCUCCGACACUCGUUGUCUGCGGCGAUCCAAGAGUACCACACUGUAUGGGUCACUGAGCCUCGACUGGAUCCCAAGACAGGGUUGUCUCGGUUCAGACCAGCCGGCAAAGGUAUUCCUCCCGAGACCGAGGCAUCCCAUUUCGACCAUGUCAUCCAGCCUUAUGCAGAGCGUGCCAGCAUGACGGUUACGGAAUACAUGCACGCGUACAACGACGGCUCUGUGGCCGAGCCUGAGCUCGACGAGUAUUUCUUGCACGACCGUGCAGUCCGAGAGUCGGGUCACGACACGACAUAUCGCUUCGAGAAACGGUGUGCGAAUCUGGCAACCAUUGACCUGAACGCUCUCUUGUACAAGUACGAGACGGAUUUGGCCGACGCCAUCCGUGACAUUUUUGACGAUGAGUUUGUGGAUGAUGACGGUGAGCGUCAGUCCGCAUUGGAUUGGGCACAGCGCGCCAAGAUGCGUCGUGAGCGCAUCGAUACAUAUCUCUGGAACGAAGAAAAAGGCCUCUACUAUGAUUACGAUACCGUCCUAGAGCAGCAGAGCACGUACGAUUCGGUAACGGCACUUUGGGCCAUGUGGGCCAAAUGUGCCAGUAUGGAGCAAGCACAACGAAUGACCGAGUUAUCACUGCACAAAUUUGAAGAAUUAGGCGGCUUGGUGUCUGGUACGGAAGAGUCUCGCGGUGCGAUUACUCUGGAUAGACCCAACCGACAGUGGGAUUUCCCAUUCGGAUGGGCGCCUCAUCAAAUCAUGGCCUGGCGUGGCUACGAAAACUAUGACAUGCCCGAGAUUGCGCGUCGUUUAGCUUACCGAUGGCUUUACACGAUCACCAAGUCGUUUGUAGAUUUCAAUGGAGUCGUUCCAGAGAAAUACGACGUGGUCAGCUUAACACAUCAGGUUCAGGUUGAAUACGGCAAUGUGGGCGUCGAUUUCAAGUACGUUACCCGCGAAGGAUUCGGAUGGAUGAACGCGUCAUAUCAGCUCGGUAUGAAAUUACUCAAUACUCAAAUGCGCCGUGCAUUGGGUAUGAUCACCGAUCCUGACACGUUCUUUGAAAAAGCCAUCGAACGACAAAACAAAGAUGCGCAUCGUCGUCGCCGCAAGUCAUCCGUGGCAGCUGCCAAAAAGAUCACCCAGAAUGGUCAGAUCACGGCUGCUAUUACGACCAUCGCGCAUACUUCUGCAUCCAACAACAACAACAGCAGCAGCUCGUCAUUCACUGGACCACCACCGCCUCUUCAAUUUACUGAUACCUUGACUCAAGAACCUGAUUCACCCAUGCCCGAUUCCACGGUCUCUACUACCUCUUCUCUCUAACUCUUGUGUUUCUAGAAUCUGCAUUAGAAAACAUAUACACACACACCGCCAUCCCCGAUAAACAAAUAACAAACAUAUAUACACAUAUACACACACACACACACACACAACGCACAACACACAUAUAACAUAAACAUUUCCACACCCACCUUACCCAUUGGGCUCACA